AUGUCGAUCAAGACGAACGGAGUUUCGGCGCUGAACCGGAUAAAGUCCGAGUUCGCUUUACAAUACAGAGCCCAUGAGUCGGUGAAGAUCACCAUGAUUGGCAUCAUCCUGCGAGCAUUGGGACGGUUGACUUGCGCGCUCUACAACGAAAAGACCUAUGCCCAAUGUGGUGCCGCUAUGGCCAACGGGUAUGAACAAACAGGUGGAAAACGUUGGGAUUUUCUGGAAAUCAAUGACUUAUUCAUCACGUCUUCCGCAUGCCACAAACCCCAAUGCGAAAGUGCAAAAUAG